GCCCUAAUUCCCCUGCUGAUUGCUCCAAAAGCUUUAAAAUCGAGCGAUUGCAAUAGAUCUUCAUUCAGAAAAGAAUGACUCAGGAUGUUGAGAUGAAAGAGCAGCAGAUCCCGGCAGCUCCUUCGAAUUCCGUUUCAUCCCCCACUCCUAUUUUACAGAAUUUGAAGGAAAUUGCGGCAUUGAUUGAGGCGGGAGCUUAUGCUCGUGAAGUUCGUCGGAUUUUGAGGGCUGUUAGGCUGACAAUUGCAUUGAGGAGGAAGUUAAAGGCUUCCGUGGUUUCUUCGUUCCUCAAUUUUGCUCUUGCACCUGGAUCUGAAACACACACUCGGCUAUCUUCAUAUCUGCCAAAGGAUGAUCAAAAUGAUAUGGAAGUUGAUACCGCAUCAUCUGCAACUCAAGCUACAGUGAAGCAUUCUCCAGAGCUCGAGAUUUAUUGCUACUUGCUUGUGCUGAUAUUCCUGAUUGAUCAGAAAAAAUACAGUGAGGCUAAGGCUUGUUCCUCGGCAAGCAUUGCCCGUUUAAAGAACUUGAACAGGAGAACAGUUGAUGUUCUGGCAUCCAGACUCUACUUCUAUUACUCUCUUAGCUACGAACUUACUGGCGACCUCUCUGAAAUUCGGGGUAAUCUUCUUGCUCUGCACCGGGUUGCUACAUUGCGCCAUGAUGAGCUGGGGCAGGAAACACUCCUCAACCUGCUACUUCGCAAUUACCUUCAUUACAAUUUGUAUGAUCAAGCGGAAAAGCUGAGGUCAAAGGCACCACGUUUUGAAGCUCAUUCAAAUCAACAGUUUUGCCGCUACCUCUUUUACCUUGGCAAAAUUAGAACAAUUCAGCUGGAGUACACUGAUGCAAAGGAAUCCCUUCUUCAAGCUGCUCGUAAAGCACCUGUAGCUGCUCUUGGUUUCCGAGUUCAAUGCAAUAAGUGGGCUGUGAUUGUUCGCUUACUUCUAGGAGAGAUCCCUGAACGAACCGUCUUCAUGCAAAAAGGCAUGGAGAAGGCCUUGAGGCCAUACUUUGAGCUGACGAAUGCUGUUAGAAUCGGAGAUCUAGAGCUGUUUAAAAAUGUAGCCGAGAAAUUCUCAACCACUUUCAGUUCAGACCGAACCAACAACUUGAUUGUGAGACUCCGCCACAACGUCAUAAGGACCGGACUCCGCAACAUCAGCAUUUCCUACUCCCGUAUCUCGCUUGUUGACAUUGCAAAGAAGUUGAGACUCGACUCGCCGAACCCCGUUGCCGAUGCCGAAAGCAUCGUGUCCAAGGCAAUCCGUGAUGGUGCCAUUGAUGCAACAAUUGAUCAUGCAAACGGAUGGAUGGUGUCAAAAGAAACCGGUGACAUUUAUUCCACAAAUGAGCCACAACUCGCCUUCAAUUCCAGGAUUGCUUUUUGCCUAAAUAUGCAUAACGAGGCAGUUCGUGCCCUUCGGUUCCCUCCCAACUCCCACAAGGAGAAAGAAAGUGCCGAAAAGAGGAGAGAGAGGCAACAACAGGAACAAGAACUUGCCAAGCAUAUUGCUGAGGAAGACGAUGACGAUUUUUAAUCAGGAUCAGAAUCAGAAUCGUUCUAGCAAUCAUCGAGGUAAGCUUUUGUUUUCGUGUUCGUAUGAAUAUUUUCAAGAUGUUAAAGUUAAAUUCUGGGUUAUCGCUCGAUUUAUUCUCUUUAUCAGAAAAUCAGACUUUCGAGUUUCGAUGUGGUUAAUUUGAUUUGAGACUAUGGUUUUACAUUUUAUGUUGUGUCCCUUUCUGGAACUGAUACGAUAGAUGCGUUCUUAAUGGUUUGUGGC